GUCGCAUUUUUCGAAUUACAGCUGGAAACGGACCUUCAUGAUGACAAUGGACCCGUUGAAAUCGGCCAUGUCCAUCGGGAAUGUGGAUGAGACAUCUCUUGCUUUACCAUCCGAUAAAAAACUUCGGUCCAAACAGCAGCGAGUCUUGGAUCAGGUGCAAACCAUCAAGAGGGGCAAGUCGAAGUACAGUAAAAAUGGAUCUGUGUCGUCGCCACCGACAUCCCCAACGAGUCCUGUGUACAUCAACAUAUUCGCUGACUCCUUUAAGUCACCUACCAGUCUCAAUGGAGGGGCCUUCUUUAAUGGUACAAAUGGCCUCUCAAAAACGCAUUUACUCAAUUACUUCGUCCUGCAGCUCAGCUAUGAGAAAAGCACCAAGCGAAGGGUCGUGGCCUCCAAGGAAUCUAUGGUCCAGAGGAACAUGAGCAGCUCCAGCCAGUGGGAGAGACGAUUCCCUCUCAGCCCCACCAUAGGCAAGCACAACAGCAGCCGCAGUCAGCAGCAACAGCAGUCCUCGGCCCCUGCCCGGCAGCUCCAGCCCAACAGGUCCAGCGUCUUCCUGUCCGAGAGGAACAGCAGUCAGGUCAUCUCCAAUGGCAACAGCUCCUCUCAGGUCGCUGUCAAAGGUAAUGGGGUGCAGAAAAGGACCAGCCAGUUGAUUGGCACGCGUCAGACGAAAAGUAGUGGCCAGAUUACCAGCAGCCAAGGUCGUAUUGAGAGGGCACCCUCUAACCUCUCCGUGGCCGAGUCCAAGAUAUCAGGGAUGAAGAGCAAGGGUGAAGCGGGGAUUAAUGGUAAUGGUCAGAUAGCUGAUAUAACCAUGAAGGAGGCGGUGGAGUACCUGUCCAGUGGAGAUGAGAACUACCAGCUCUGUGGAGCCUCCGUCAUCCAACACGCGACCUACUCAGAGGACAAGGCCAAGCAGGAGGUGUUGCGGCUCAAAGGGAUCCCCCCUUUGGUGAACCUGCUUAGGAGUCCCAGUCCCCAGGUCCAACAGACUGCCUCCGCCACCCUGCGGAACUUGGCCUUUAAAGAUGCAGACAACAAGGAGGAGGUCCAGCGCUGUGGGGGCAUCACUGAGGCACUGGCCCUGCUCCGAGACACAGACUCUACUGAGACACAGAAACAACUCACAGGUCUCCUUUGGAACCUGUCAUCUGCAGACAGUCUGAAGCCAGAGCUGGUGCGUAGUGCUCUGCCUGUCCUGACUGAGACUGUGGUAGUACCAUACACUGGAGAUGAGACAAACAGCAACCAGGACCCAGAGGUCUUCUACCAUGCUACGGCAUGUCUACGAAACCUGAGCUGUGCGACUCAAGGCAACAGGCAGGCCAUGCGUAACUGUCGAGGCCUCGUCGACUCUCUGGUCAGUUACGUCCAGCGCUGUGUGGCUGCAGAGAGGCCAGAUGACAAGUCUGUGGAAAAUUGUGUGUGUGUCUUGCACAACCUGAGCUUCCAGCUGGAGAGUGAAGCCCCUGCCCUCUUCAGCAGGAUCACUGCCCUGGCCAGGACACCCAGCAGGGCCAACACCCCCAGUGAGACCGGCCCCAUUGGGUGCUUCAGCCCACAGAGCAGCAAGGUCCAGGAGCAGGAGAGUCACUUUGACUACCCUGUGAUGGAGGAGCAGAACCCUAAAGGAGCAGGCUGGCUCUUCCACUCCAAGACCAUGCAGAGUUACUUGUCUCUGCUGGGGUCCAGCCAGAGAGAAGAGACCCUGGAGGCCUGCUCUGGAGCCCUGCAGAACCUCACUGCUAACCAAGGCAUUGUGUCUAGUGUGAUGAGCCAGAGCAUCGUGCAGAAGCUGAACGGCCUGCCUCACAUCUCUCCCCUGCUGCAAUCCUCCAACCCCAGCCUCCAGAAAACUGCUGUGUCUCUGGUAGGGAACCUGGCCAAGAACCAACGCCUUCAGAGCACCAUGGCCCGACAGACCCUACCGGAGCUAGUUGGCAUCCUCAGCUCAUGGACCAAGAAAGAGACAGAGUUUGAUUACACCCUGGCCAUGGCGUGCCAAACCAGCCACAGUCUGCUAAUGAAGGAGCCUGAGCUGGGGAAACCCCUGCUGACCAACAAGCUGGUCAACUCAGUUAACGACCUGAGCAAGAACAGGGGUUUCCCAAAGGCCAGCAAAGCUGCAGGUGUGCUCCUCUACAGCCUCUGGUCAGAGAAGGACGUACAGAGUUUCCUAAAAAAGCAAGGGAUGAAUAAGGGUUCCUUUGUGAAUGACAUCACCAGCGCGGCUCACCGGUCUGUGCAGGUCAUUGAGUAA